GGUGAUACCCGUUGGUACCGGAUUCAAGGGAUUAGUGCACCCUUCAAAACAACAUAACAAAAUUCCUUUGGAAACAAAAAAAAAAGAAUCUAUUCGAGGGGGAGAUGAGAGAUAUUUUGUUCCACCACAGAAAAUUAUUUGAUUCUUGUCUUUCAAAAAAAUUCCACGACAUACCCGAACAAUCAUUUAUAGGAUUUAAUGAUUCCUAAUAACGGAUUCAUCUCUUUCGCUAUCUGCAUUUCGUAUGGUUAUUUGCUUUGGUAAUAAGGUAAUAAAAAGAAUAAUGAAUAGAAAAGAAUAAUGGUUUGGGUCGUGUAUCUACGUCCAAUCUACGGUAGAAGAGAAGGUUCCAUCGGAACAAUUAUUUAUUUCAGUUCAGGGUUCCUCGUCUCUUUUUUUUUUGAAAAAGAAUAAAAAAAGGGGGAGGGUGUGGGGAGAAAUGACAAGAAGAUAUUGGAACAUAAAUUUGGAAGAGAUGAUGGAGGCAGGAGUUCAUUUUGGUCAUGGUACUAGGAAAUGGAAUCCUAAAAUGGCGCCUUAUAUCUCGGCAAAGCGUAAGGGUAUUCAUAUUACAAAUCUUACUAGAACUGCUCGUUUUUUAUCAGAAGCUUGUGAUUUAGUUUUUGACGCAGCAAGUAGGGGAAAACAAUUCUUAAUUGUUGGUACCAAAAAUAAAGCAGCUGAUUCAGUAGAGUGGGCUGCAAUAAGGGCCCGGUGUCAUUAUGUUAAUAAAAAAUGGCUUGGCGGUAUGUUAACGAAUUGGUCCACUACAGAAACAAGACUUCAUAAGUUCAGGGACUUGAGAAUGGAACAAAAAACAGGGAGACUCAACCGUCUCCUGAAAAGAGAUGCAGCUAUGUUGAAAAGACAAUUAUCUCGCUUGCAAACAUAUCUGGGCGGGAUUAAAUAUAUGAAAGGGGUACCCGAUAUUGUAAUCAUCGUUGAUCAGCACGAAGAAUAUACGGCCCUGCGAGAGUGUAUUACUUUAGGAAUUCCAACAAUUUGUUUAACCGAUACAAAUUGUGACCCCGAUCUCACAGAUAUUUCAAUUCCAGCGAAUGAUGACGCCAUAUCCUCAAUCCGAUUAAUUCUUAACAAAUUAGUAUUCGCAAUUUGUGAGGGUCGUUCUAGCUAUAUAAGAAAUCCUUGAUUAAUAAUAACAUAAUAAGAUAAAUAACUUACUUCAGAAAUCCCUUAUGGAAUCGCUUACUAUUUCUGAAUUUCAAAAAAGAGAUAAAAAUAACAGGGGAUAUUAUGUGAUUUAUUAGUAUUCGAAAUCUUAGUUGGUAUUCAAAAUAUCCGAUUCAAAUAGACAAAGAGAUGGUUGAAUCAAAAAUUUUUGUUUCAAGUUCCAUUUUUUCAGAGGGCAAGGCAAUAUGAAUGUUCUAUCAUGUUCCAUCAAUACUCUAAAGGGGUUAUACGAUAUAUCCGGUGUGGAAGUAGGCCAACAUUUCUAUUGGCAAAUAGGGGGUUUCCAAGUACAUGGCCAAGUACUUAUUACUUCUUGGGUUGUAAUUGCUAUCUUAUUAGGUUCAGCCACUAUAGCUGUUCGGAACCCACAAACCAUUCCAACCGGGGGUCAGAAUUUCUUCGAAUAUGCUCUUGAAUUCAUUCGAGAUGUGAGUAAAACUCAAAUUGGAGAAGAAUAUGGGCCCUGGGUUCCUUUUAUUGGCACUAUGUUUUUAUUUAUUUUUGUUUCUAAUUGGUCAGGAGCUCUUUUACCUUGGAAAAUCAUACAAUUACCUCAUGGGGAGUUAGCCGCACCCACGAAUGAUAUAAAUACUACUGUUGCUUUGGCUUUACUCACAUCAGUGGCAUAUUUCUAUGCGGGUCUUACAAAAAAAGGAUUAGGUUAUUUCGGAAAAUAUAUUCAACCAACCCCAAUCCUUUUACCCAUUAACAUCU